AUGGUUGCCUUGCAGCCCCGUAUAACACAUUUCCAGGCUGUGUUGGUACACUGGGGCACGUUUUCUGUCCUUGAUGCCGACCUGAUCUGCAUGAGAGAACUGUUGAGAUUUAAGUGGAAAUAUUUUAUCAAUUUAACAGGGCAAGAGUUUCCUUUACAAACUAAUAAACAGGUGGUACAAAUUCUCAAAGCCUAUCGUGGUGCAAAUGGCAUUAAGGGGAGUGUGUCUAGGUUUGACAAAAGGCGGGUGAAAAAUAAAGGACCUCCGCCGUUUAACAUCACCUUGAUGAAAGGCCCAGUUCACAUUGCGGCGUCGCGAGCUUUUGUGGAGUUCAUUUUCAGCGACAAGAAGACACAGAUUUUUCUGGAAUGGUUGAAGGACACGGUGGUUCCGGACGAAACCUUUUAUGCUACGAUAAACUACAAUCCACACUUGAGCGCCCCUGGGGGAUUUAACGGUCCUGUUCAGGUGAGAGAAAACAUGCCGUUCAUUCUCCGAUACAAACAAUGGAAUGGACAGAAAUGCAGUGGAAAGCAUGUGAGAGACAUUUGUAUAUUCAAUGUUGGAGAUCUAUCUGACUUGGCAAAUUCAAAGGCUCUCUUCGCGAAUAAAUUUCACCGUACGUAUGGCCAAUACGCCUAUGACUGUUUGGAGGAGUUACAUUGGAACCGCACCAUUCAAGAAUAUUUCAGUGGAGAAGAAUUUAAUACAAGCUUUUACUCCUCUUUGUCAGAGGUGAAAUACAGAAACCAAAUUAAAUCGUUGAUUUAGUGUUACACUACCCUAAGAAUUUUACAGUCUAGUCCUCCAUUCACAAAAUAGAAUUUUCCAGAUUAUAUAGUUUAACAAUAUUGUGAGUUUCGAGUUUAUCUGAGUUUUAUUUACUGUCAUGGAGGUUAUACAACUGAUUUUGAAAAUUAACAGACAAAAGUACUAUCCAUUGUAAUACCGGCUUACGAGUUGUAUAAUCUUUUUCUGCUACUACACAAACUUUCCCUUUUUUCAGCCGUUUAAAUACAGCCGGAUCAUCAAAAAUCGAGUUUCGCUGGCUGUUUCAUAGUUAUGAAUAUUUAUGGGAUCAGAAAUUUUUUAUCGUUUGAAAGACUUAAAUAUUGCGAAAUACAAUAUAGGUCCCACAAAACAACCCUCUUGGUGACUAAUGAUAAUAUCUGAUAAGUAAACGAAAUUCGCCCUUUUAUUCGAAAUCAUACGAUUUUAACCCCACAGUUGCGUACAUGUGUCCCCGCUGACUUUGCUUGCACCGGCACUUGGUAGCCAUGGUCUGAAGCCAGUGAAGUUUUUACCAAACACAAUGGCAUUAAAGUGGAAAUCGUUAAGGCAAUCAAAGUAAAAUCAAAAAUAUUACAUGCUGACACUUUAUUAUUGGUAGAAUGGCACAAGACUGUCACAGACUUGAAAAGAAGCGUUUUUAUGUAUUAAAUCCGUGUCUGAUUAUUGUAUAUAAUGUUCUUAAUGACAAUUAAAACGUUAAUUAUUGUAUUGAAUCUUAUGUAUUAAAAUGAAUAUGGUCUUUUGUGUAGAAUACAUGUUGGUUGAAGGUUCAAUUAUUGUUAUAAUAUCUUAGUAAGAAUUGAAAUGUUCAGUUAUUGUAAUGAAUCUUAAGUAUUGAAGUGAACAUUGCCUUUUGUGUAAAAUACGUGUGGUUAAGUGUUUCAAUUACUGUUGUAUCAAAAUGAGUUUUCUUAUAGCAAGUGUGAUUGUGCAUGUUAUUCUUAAUAUGAAUUACAAUGUUUGACACAUUGUAUCAAGUGUAGUACAUAUACAUCUGUUAAUCGAUGAAAUAACACUGAAUAUGGAUUAUCAAACAGACCAGUUGGUUAGCUGUGACAGGAGGUGCCAACACCACAGGAAACUUCCUGGUAUCCAUGUACCAGAAUGGAUUACCCAUUGGGGGUAGCCCUGCCAACAGCUUACCUGAACUGGUUCCUGUUGCUAUGGAACCGCUUGGGGACUCAUCAGGCCUGGAGGUUGCCUUUAUAAGCGAGCGCUGACCUGGAGCAAAUCCCUUAUCAACAGUCGCUCCAAUAAAGCUAGCCUCCAGUAUCGGUAACAACGCCUUGUCUGUUCCAGGUGAGUCAUUCUAUAUAUCUGAUAUAUGUAACAUGUAUUACUCUUUUAAUAAGACCUCAGUCCUCAUUGUGAAAUACCGCUGAAUUGUACAUUUUAUAUGUUUUACCAAAUUGUAAAGUGAAUAAUAAAGACUUAUCAACAGUCGCUCCACUAAAGCUAUUCUCCAGUAUCGGUAACAACCCCUUGUCUGUUCCAGUCUUUUCACAGA